CGCUGGUGCCUGAUCUGGCUGGGUCUGAGGCCGGGCUCCGGCGGGGCUCCGGUGGGGCUCCGGUGGGGCUCCGGCGGGGCUCCGGCUCUUCUCCGGCGCGGGGCGGGGCUGGACAGGGUCCGCCCCUCGUCCCCCCUCCCGACUCGGGAAAACCUCCCCCCUGCUUUAACCCCGCACCUGCCGUGGCCGGAGCAGGGCGCGCCGACCCAUGGUCACACGGAAACCGGUGAACAGACAGACGGACAUGUGGACGCUGAGCCUGCCCAGGAUUUGGGGUCCGACCUCGGACUGGGGGAGAAAGGAAGAAGCGGUGGGCCGCACGACACGUGUAUGGUGGGGGCCGUUCUCAGCAGGACCCAGCCUGCGAGCACCGGCGAAGGGGCGGGCCAGCAGAACCUGGGGGCUUGAGAAGCGGGCGCCUGCCCACCACCGCUGCGCUCCGAAGAGCCCACGACAGGCUUCGCGGCGGCGCCCCCUAGAGGCCUCUUAGGGUGCCAAGCGCUGGUUUGCGGAUACCCAGGCAGAUCUGCAGUGCCUAAUGCCAUGAGCGUGGUGGUGCAGCAUGUGGAGGAGAAAGCUGUGCACUCCUGGUCGCGGAUCUCCACGGCAGGGAAGAAGGCCCUGGAGGAAGCGCUGCUUGUCUUUAACCCCAUGAGCCAGGAUCUCAGUGCCACUGAGGCCCAGCUUGUGGCCUUCCUGCAGGGCCUGCGGGAUGAUGGCUUCCAACCUACCAUCCUGCGCAGCGGUGAUGUCUAUGGCUAUAGUUCGUGCACAGCCAACCCCCCAAGCCAGACAAAGCUUCAAGCUCGUGCCCCCACCCCAGCUGCCACAUCACCUCCAGCCAGUGCUCCCCGAACUGCCAUGCGGCUGCCUGCAGGCCGGGCCACGCUGCUCCCCAUGCCACUGUCUGGCAGGUUGGCCAAAGCAUCCACACCAGCCCUCGCCAAGCAUGCCACCACCAAUCUGCUACUGAGCUCCCUGAAGCAGUCAAGUGCCAGCCGUGCCCGGGGUGCAGCAGUGGGCUUUCCCACCCACCUCUAUCCAGGUGUCUACCCUGCCAUGCGGCUCUCCGUUGUCCUUGAGGCCCUGGUUCCACUCAAGACUCCCAUGCCCUGCUUGGGUGCCAAGCACAAGGCACAGUCACUGCAGCUCUCACUUGCAGACUCUCCCCUGAAGCUGCGGAAAGGUCCAGGGAAGAGGCUGGGGAAUUCCCAGCCCAAAGCUCCCAGAAAAGCCACAAGCAAGGGCUCCAAGUGUCUGACUCGAAGAGGCCCCAGGGCUGGACCCCGACAAGGCACUGGGCCCCAGAGCAAGAUUUACAAAGCCUCUGGUUCCCUCAGUGGCCCACGAAUGAAAGGUGGCUGUGCUCUGGGCACCAAAACAGCCCAGGCCAAAGCUUCCCGUGCCCAGGCCAAGGUGGCUCGAACACAAGCCAAAGCUGCCAAGGCCCGGGCAGAAGCCAAGGCAGCACGGAUCAAGGCCAAGGCCAAAGCCAAGGCAGUGCGGGCCAAGGCUAAGGCCAAGGCAGUGCAGGCCAGGGCCAAGGCCAGGGCAGUGCGGGCCAGGGCCAAGGCCAAGGCAGUGCGGGCCAGGGCCAAGGCCAAGGCAGUGCGGGCCAGGGCCAAGGCCAAGGCAGUGCGGGCCAGGGCCAAGGUGGCUCGGACCCAGCCCAGGGGCAGGGGCAGGCCAAAAAGGUCUGUUCAGGCCAGGACUGCAAGGAGGGGCCGGAAAAGCUGCCCUGAGCCUGUGGGACAGAAGAGGAAAAGGACUGAGGAGGCAAAGGAUCUUCCUCCCCAGAAGAGAACACGGCUUGGGCCCCAAUCCCCUAAGGUAUGGCUAGGACCUGGAACGGCAAAGCUGCUGCAAUUCCGGGCCAUCAAGGUGGACAGGCAGUCCUCAGAUGAUGAGGUGCGGCAGCAGGCUCAACGGAUCCUCCGUGUGAACCUUUCCCCUGUAAUACGACUUCAGCCAUUGUUGCCAUACUCAGCACCCUGAUUCCUUCACGUAGCAACGUUUGGGGAAACUGAGCCCAGUUGUCUGUGUGGCCAGUGGCACAGUGUGCAAUGCCCAUGGAUUCCACAACCCUAAAGACUCUGGGUGCCUCUCCAGGGCCCUGAGAGCCACCAGCCUCCUUUCAGAGACUGGAGGAU